GAGGGCAAAAAAUGUGGACUGCCACCGUUUGUCGUGGAGAUGCCUGACGAAGAGCAGAAAGAGGUGAAAACCAUAUGGCGUAACUACAAGAAAGGUGACGAUUGUGGAGAAUUAAGAGAGCAAACCAAAGCUGUGUUGGAUCGUUUACCAUCAGAAACUCGUGAUAGAAUCUUUCAUCAUGGUCCAUCGUUUUUGCGAGGUGCUUCGGAUGAUGUGAGAAGACAGUUCAAGGAGGUUUGGAAGAAUAGCUCGUUGAAUCAUGAGGAAAAGCUAUCGGCAGUUCGUGAAUUGGCCGAAAAACUGUUGAAUAAAAAGCAACUGGCUGAAUUCAAACGAAUCGAUGCGGAACGUGAACGUGCCAAAGAGGAAUUUGCAGCGAAGGUUUCCAAAUUAUCGCCUGCAGCUAAAGAAGCGUACGACAAACUGGAGGAAUUGAAGAAGGAAAAGGCGAAAAUCUACGAAUCGUUGAGUCCUGAGGUUCGAAUUGAAAUCAACCGACUGUUUGCAAAGAAGCCGAAGGAUAAUAAGAAGAAACGCGGUGUUUAA